ACGUGAGCACGCAUAGCCUUUUCCUCGCGGUUGGGGGCCGCCCUCUCGCUGGUUUCCGGUGCGGUGGGUCGGAGAUGACGGAAUCCAGCGCCUCUCCGGAGGACCCCUGGGUCAAGGUGGAGUAUGCCUACAGCGACAACAGCCUGGACCCCGGGCUUUUUGUAGAAAGCACCCGCAAGGGGAGUGUAGUGUCCAGAGCUAAUAGCAUCGGUUCCACCAGUGCCUCUUCUGUCCCCAACACAGAUGACGAGGACAGUGAUUACCACCAGGAAUCCUACAAGGAGUCCUACAAGGACCGGCGACGGCGAGCACACACUCAGGCUGAACAGAAGAGGAGGGAUGCCAUCAAGAGGGGCUAUGACGACCUUCAGACCAUCGUCCCCACCUGCCAGCAGCAGGACUUCUCCAUUGGCUCCCAAAAGCUCAGCAAAGCCAUCGUUCUACAGAAGACCAUUGACUACAUCCAGUUUCUGCACAAGGAGAAGAAAAAGCAGGAGGAGGAGGUGUCCACACUACGUAAGGACGUCAUGGCUCUAAAGAUUAUGAAAGUGAACUAUGAGCAGAUUGUGAAGGCACACCAGGACAACCCCCAUGAGGGGGAGGACCAGGUCUCUGACCAGGUCAAAUUCAACGUGUUUCAAGGCAUCAUGGACUCCCUCUUCCAGUCUUUCAAUGCCUCCAUCUCCAUGGCCAGCUUUCAGGAACUGUCAGCCUGUGUCUUCAGCUGGAUUGAGGAGCACUGUAAGCCUCAGACCCUACGGGAGAUUGUGAUUGGCGUCCUACACCAACUGAAGAACCAGCUUUACUGACUGGCCCUUGGAACCUGCAGAACAGCCAGCAAGAGGCCUUAAGUCUCCUACUUAGCCACAGAACUGCUGGGCUUGAAAUUGGACUGCGACACCAUAUACCAGUCAGCUCGUUUCUCCUUGGAGUUUGGCCCCUUAGCCCCUCUCAUCUUCAGUGGGGCUAGGAUGUUUGUUUUGUGAAAGCUUCUGAUUAAUUUAUUAUAUUGACCAUUGAGCUCGAACCUAGUCUCCCCUCUACCCACCAUAGAAGUCCUUGGGAUGGAGGUCUGCUCUGGAUACCCCAGAGAACUCCUGGCCUCUCCCCUUUUUCUAAGCCUCAGAUUUCAGCUCAUGAUCUACACAUAUUUGGAAACUACUGUUUGUCUCUGUUUUGGUCUCUUGGGCAACACUUGGCCCAAGUUUGGUCAUUUUGGCAGUAGUCAGAUGGGAGGAAAGGAGUAGAAAUACUCCCACAGCCAUGAAGGGUGAAAGGCCACUUUGUACCUAGGUUAGAGCUGCCUGGUUAGCCCAAGGUGAAGCCAGGGCUUUCUGGCCAGCUCAGGGCAGGGCUGCCGGGUUCUUGCCCUUGCCUCCUACUCUUAUCACCCAUCCCUCCUCCCCGGCUCUGGGUGGUACAGGGAAAUAACCGCCCCCAUCUAACCCUGCCCUGUCUGUCCCCAAAGGCAAUAGCACUGCACAGCAAAGUCAAGUGUGACACAGUACCAUUUAUUAAAGUUUUAUUUUUCUAAAUACCAA